UGCAAUGAGUUUGCUUGUAGUUAAUACACGUUCAUUGCGCCAUCUAAUGCACAUGAAUGAAAGUAUAACGGACACCAAGGUGUCCUGCACACUGGAUGACAGUUGUGUCCAACGACGGGCGCGCUUCUGAGACAUCACAGCCACACCUUCCCGCUGUUAUGGUCACUGGACACGCCUCUUUUCAAACACAGACGCGGCGGCGGCUCUUGAGCUCCUCCUACUUCACGUCAUCUCGUCCCGUGUACCUGACCGUCUUCCGCUAUUUCUCUCUCAUCUUUUCCCGCUGAAGACCACCGCUGUCCUUUGCGAGGGGCUCCUAUUGAUUUUCUCCUCUGAUGGUCUCCACCUGCAUCCUUGAACCUUCCUGAGACCCGUGGCGCUCCGUGCACCUGUGUGUCAACCAGCCGUCCAACCCCGCGCAUCUUCCAGACAACACCCAAGAGUCAUCCUCAAGCUGCAGUCACAAUGGCUUCAGCUGGACCUUCUCGGCUUGUGGAUCGGUACACCUGUGCCGUGUGUCUUUGUGUCAUGGAGAAUCCAGUCACCAUCCAGUGUGGACACAGCUACUGCAUGAAGUGCAUUAAUGACUACUGGGACAGGUCGUAUAGAGAAGGGGUCUACAGAUGUCCUCAGUGCAGAAGAACAUUUAACAGCAGGCCAGAGCUUAGCAGAAACACAACAUUAAUGGAUGUACUAGAGACAUUGAGGAAAGUGCAAGUCACUGUCACUCCAGCUCAGAGUUAUGCUGGACCUGAUGAUGUGCCCUGUGACGUGUGUAUGGGGAGGAAAAGGAAAGCUUCAAAGACCUGCUUGACUUGCAUGGCCUCCUUCUGUGAGAGUCACUUGCAGCAGCACCGGGAAUCUCAGGUCUUGAAGAGACACAGAGUGGAGGUGCUGAGUGAAAACCUUAAAGACAAACUCUGCAGAAAACAUCCCAGGGUCCUAGAAAUCUUCUGUAGAACUGAUAGGACCUGCAUCUGCUCAAUGUGUGCAGCGACUGAACAUAAGCAUCAUGACACAGUGACACUGGAAACUGAGCGAGUAGAGAAACAGAGUCAACUGGGAGACAAAAAGAAUGAAGUGAAAAAAGAGAUUGAGGAGAAAGAGAAAGAACUGGAGGAGAUGAGGGGAACCAAACUGAGGAUUCAGAGUAAUGGAGAGAUGGAAGAGCAGGAACAAGAAGAGACCUUCAGAUCUGUACUUGAGUCCAUUGAGCAGUUGAGGUCAAGGGUCAAUGAGGUGAUUAAAGAUUACGAGCAGCGGAAAAUGAGAAAGACGAAGAAGAUCAUCGAGAAACUGGAGAAGGAGAUCAAGGAGCUGAAGAAAAGAGACGUCGAGCUGGCCAAACUUUUACAAAUAGAUGACGACAUCCACUUCCUAAAGAAGUUCAAAUCUUUCUGUGAUCCUCCUGGAGAGAAUCAUGCACCUAAUACCAUUACUAAAAAAGAGGUUCUUCCUGGGAGUCUCUUUGUGAAUCUGUCUGAUCUUAAGAACACUCUGGAGGAGAUCAGCAACUUGGAGAGUGCGGAGAGCAGUGAGAUGGGUGGGUUGGGUGUCCUCAAGUGACCUUCAGGUGGCUGUCCAGCUCGUCACGAGCACUGCAGGCUCACAUUCUGCUUUUCUCUUUCUCUCCUCAGGCGCUGAAUGUAUCGACGAUCACAGCAGACA